AUGCGCGCCGCUCGCUGGUGUCGCGCCGCUCGCAGAAGGUCGGGUCGCCCGCUCUUUCGGGCUGCGGUGGCUUCGCAGAAAUGCACGGCAGCGGAGAGCCCCUCUGCUCAGCCCCCGGCGGUGGCGGGAGGCGCUCACUGCCGCCCCGGGGGGCUGCGGGCCGCGGGGCCGCGACGGGGCUGCAGGACCGCGCGGCGCCGCGGGACGCCCGCGUCCCCUCCCCCUCCGCCCGCGGCGACCCCGGCCUCGCAAUGCUCCGGGGAGCCCUUUCCGGGCGGCGCGGGAGAACAAGAAACUCGGCGCGGCCGGGGAGCGGCUCCCGGGCUUCCCUCGGCGGCGGCUUCUCGGGUGACCAGGGACCCGGGGAGCGGAUCCGCUGAGCCCGGCUGCGGACUCGCUGGCUGCGAGGCUUUAAAUACAAAAGUGGGCCGGGAGCCCCCGCGUGGUGCCGCGGUGCCCCCUCAUUAUGCAUGCAUGGAAAAGCAAACAAACAAAAACAUUAGCAACGCUCCUCCGGCUCGCCGAGCCCCGGCCCCGCGCGCUCUGAGCCUGCCCGCUUUCUCCUUUCUCCACUCUCUUUCGCCCUUUGCUCGGCCCCCUUUCCCGGCUUUUCGAGAUGCUAUUGGUCCCGCCUGUUGUUGUUGA